AUGACACCCUCCGCAACAAGGAAUGAUAUGAAGUCUGGGUGGAUAGUAAAUCUGGAUCAACAAUGGGAUACUGAAUACUGGCUAGGAGGUCAAUUCACGGCAGAUUUCAACUUAAUUCAAAAGGCAGCUGAUUGUUCAGUAUUCGGUUUACCAUCUCUUCAGCGCAAAGUCGCAAUCGCUUCAGCAGAUGCUGAGCCUGGUGUGCCUCCAGUACCAUCUGAGGACAAAAUUGAAGAGGCGAGGUCGCUCCUGUAUAUCUCACUACUUGGGAGUGUGCUAUCACAUGGGGCUUUCAUAGCAGAUGCUUGCAGUGAAGAGAAUAUUCCAGCUGAAUAUUGGGUGAAUGGGUCUGGUGAUCUCUUGCACAUGAAAUUUGUGGUGAGGCUCGACUUCUAUGGCCAGUACAGCCGACUUGGCCCAUAUUUCAACUUGUUUAACUCCAGGACAUUGAAGACACUGCGUAAUGCCGGCAUUCCAGAGGUAGAGGCAGAACACCCCACAAUAUCAGGCUUUGUGCAUGACUGCUUUGUGCUUGUGGUCCAGUCGGAGCCACUGUUAAAGGACUUGCCCAAGGAGGGUUUCACUGUGCCCAGAAUUUCAUGUCAAGACAUUGGCAGUGUGCUCUUGAGUCCAAGCAAGGCAAAGCAGCUUACUCAGGCUUCUGCAGCUGCAAGGAGCUCCCAGUCAGCAAACACUAGCAAUGGCAGAGGUAUUUUGGCACUGACAAUGAUUGAGGGAUUUGGCUUGCUCACUGCAUUGCUAGAGUUCCUGCACAUCCACGACCUGCAUGAUCCCGACAACUACUAUUCAGGCCUUGGCUCACUUAAGGAAACGAAAGUGGAGUGCCCUGAUGUGCAGGACGACAAGGGAUUGCUAAUCCAUCCUAGAGAGUAUGGCAUAAAGUUGGACCAUGCCCGCUUUGUUGAAGUUGAGGUGUACCUGAAGCUGUAUGGUACACCUACUCACCUGUUUGGGGCAAUGCUGACAAAGUGCCUGAUGCAGAUGGAACAUUGGCAAGAGUGA